AUGGCCACCAAGUCAACAUUUGUGGCAUUGCUGGAUACUCUGCAGCAAGCAUUAAGUUCCGCAUCCGAAUCUUCGCAAAAUCUCAAAGCACCAAUUCCUCCAAAAGAUGGCAUCUCUCUGCUGGAUGUGAAGAAUGAGCUCUUCCUCUCCUACCUCCAGAACCUCGCCUUUCUCAUACUCCUCAAGCUGCGCAACCGCAGAUCUGGCAGCGACGACGACGACGAUGGUGAAUAUCUCAGUAAUUCCGUCACCAAAAAGCUGGUAGAGCUGCAAGUCUACUUAGAGAAAGGUGUACGGCCGCUGGAGAGCAAGCUCAAGUACCAAAUCGACAAAGUGCUUCGCGCAGCAGAUGAUGCGAAGCGGACAGACGAAAUGGCUGCUACACAGAAACAUAGCAAGCCUGCUCACGACAACGACGACUCUGAGAAAGAUAGUGAUGCGGAGUCUUCAGACGGUGUUGCGCUGAACAGCGGCGAAAUCGACGACCUGCAAUACAGACCCAACCCGACCUCUUUCGUGCGUCCAGCAGCCGUAGAGGCGAACUAUAAGCGCAAUUCUCACGAUGGUGUCUACAAGCCCCCCCGUAUUCAAGCAACAGCCAUGCCUACUACCUCUGCCCCCCGUGAGAAGGAAGCGAAGAAACCCAAUAAGUCUGCGACCCUGGACGAAUUCGUUAGCACUGAACUCUCUGCAGCUCCAAUGGCAGAGCCCAGCAUCGGUUCCACGAUUGUGAGUGGAGGACGCAGAAGCAAGAGCGAGAAGGAGAAGAUGGAUGAGCGCGAGAGAAAGGAAUAUGAAGAAAGGAAUUAUGUGCGUCUGCCGAAGGAGAGUAAGAAGGAUCGCGCAAAAAAGCCAAGGAAAGAUGCGGGCUAUGGUGGGGAGGAGUGGAGGGGCUUGGGCGAGGGCAUCGAUCGCAUCGAGAGGUUGACUACGAGGAAGUCGGGGGCGGGCGGCGCGGUUGAGAAGAGUAGGAAGAGACCUGCUACAGAUGGGACCAAGAGUAGUGGGGAGGGGGUGGGACAACAUCUACAGAAGAAGAUGAAGAUUUUGGAUAAUGUCAGGCGGGAUAGAGGGCGGAGGUAG